UGCUGGUGUCUUAGAGCUUGAAGGAAGUAAUUGCAAAACAUAAAAAAGAUUAUAAGUAUUGGAAGACUGAUGCGAACCUGAAAAGGAUACCGGUAAAAGUAGGAUAUGAGAAACUGAGAGAAAAAUUCAGAUUGGACGUUUUGAAGGACUCGGGAUUCAGAAGGAAGUAAGUGAUGCUGCUUGAGGUGGGGCAAGCGGCUCAUUUUCAUGUAGCAUUAUGUUACCAUAUUUUUAACUUUAUUUUUUUCGUGUUAUGUGUCCCCACAUGUUUUUGUAUUGUCCGUUUUAUGUCGGCCCCUUGUGAGUGAUUAAAAAUUACCUUGUUUUCUAAUACAUGCCUAUAAAAUUCUUUACAUUGGUAGUUAAGGUUCAAUGUGCAUUGUAAGAUAGCUUCAUCAGUAGCCACGUCCAACUUCGUUCUUCAGUACACUAAACAUUCAUCGUCGAAAAGACACGCUCAAUAUUAGCAUUAUGCACUGGUGUGCUAAAUAAGAACUGUCACAAAAUUAACUCGGAGUAUUCUUGAAAUUCAAUCUGCACAAUUUCAUAGCACAGUUUGGUCUUCCAUUCUUCAUGUUUGAUCUGCAUCUCUCUAGCAAAGAGUGUUUUAAAUUUUGACUACUGACAGAAAAGACUGUUGUCAUCAAUUUUUAUACCUUUGUUUUUUUAACACUAGACAAGACGAUUCUAUAUGUUCCCAUGCUGGAACUGAAUCUAAUAACAUCCAUGUAAAGUUAUCAAAAUUUUCAAUAGACGAAACCCAUUUCUCAAGAUAGUCAUGGCAAGUGCCAUAGUAGUUAUCCACUUCAAGUAGAAAUUUCUUUUUCUCUUCAGAUUUGACAUCGUCAAUAUUAAGGCAAUCGUUCACUCUAAGAGGAAUAAACUUUUCGUUAAUUCUUUCCUUCAUAACUGCAACGUGUUCUUUUAAACAGCCAAGCACGUCAAUAAUGUUGUUUUCUCUCUUUUUGAUCUUCAUAAUCCUAUUGCUAAAAAUAUAUUCAAAACUGUGAACAAGAUAUAAGUAAACUUCGCUCAGCAGAUUAUUGAAGAAUUAUACAAGAAUUUGGGGGACCUUUUUUUCUUCAGAAUCAAAAGGAGAUUUCAGUUCUUUAAAUAACCUUCGGAUUCUCUCAACUGUUCUCAUCAAAGAAAGCCAACGAGUUUUAGAAUGUGAGAGCAUUGAGGCAUACUGCACACCAACAAACUCGCAGAAAUCUUUCAACUUCCCAUAUCGAACAGUAUAAAUACUAAAGUAUGAAAACAAUUUAACAAUUACUUCAACAGUUCUAUAUUUAAGAGAUGAAGAAUUAUGUACAUUAUUUACAUUUUACCCCUGCGGUUGCCCCUGUGGUUAAGAGCGCGGGCUACUAACUCCAAGAUUCCGAGUUCAAUUCCAGACAGUGACCUGAAUAAUAAUAAAAUCGAAAAAUACCUUAUGAAUGAGAACCCAGGUUCGAAAUUUCCCCAAGACACCUGAUGAAGGCUGGAGGGUGUAUCAACCGAAACAUUGUGUCAACAACAAACAAGAUGAGGACAAAUGUAAAUAAUGUAAUUACUUCAAAAGCAACAGAAAGAAUAUUGGCCGUGGUUCGAGCAGCAUUGUGCAGAAUAUGGGCUGGACGUCCAACACCUUCCAUCGAUUCGUCCAUGCUUUCAUGGAAUUUUGAAUAGAUGUUAUUUGUGCCUAUGCGCAAACGUCCACCAGAGUUAGUAUUUGUGUUAUCUCCACCAAAAGUUAUACAUUUCUUCACGUCCAGUCCUAACUCGACGAGGCUUUCUCUGCAGAAACUUGCUAUUGUUUCUGAGGAUUCAUUUGGGAGAGAUUUUACUCGCAAUAACUUUGUCAGCAAACCCUUUUCACGUGAAAAACAUUGCACAAUCAACGGGGAAAUUUUCUCAACAUUGUGAUUAUUUGCAUCUGUAGAUAUGCCGUAAAAAGAGUUAUUUAUAUCUUUAACAAUCUCCGCAAUAGUGUAUGAAGCCACAACUUUUUUUUUUAUUAUUGCAGCACAUUUAGUCCUUGCACUUGAAAAUUUGCAUGCAAUUUUAGAAUCAGGAAAUACUGUUAGUAGUAGUACGUUUGUACAGUCAUUUGAACUGAAGACUGAUGAUGACGGACAGUAUGACACGCCAUUGCAACUUCUGCGGCUGUUAUUUUACUUUCUUCAUAUGUGUUUUUCUUGAUCAAGAAGUUUGUUAUUUUACCAGCUUCUCUUGAAGUAGAAGUAAUACUACUUUUGUGCUUUGCUGUUUCUAUGUGUUGCAUGGUAUCAGACUUCUCGCUAUGUUCAAUACUGAAAGUGCAAUUACAUACACCACAGUUUGCUUCAAAACAGCUUCUGCCUUGCUUGAUAAAUGCCCAUUCACUGAAAUAUUCAUCACGAAAUUUACACUUACGUUUUGGCAUCUUGGAAUGGAUGGAUUAGUUUUUAAGUUAGAAAAAAGUGGGCUGUGGCAAGUAGUAACAACACACUUUGAUGACAGUAUCAAGUUGCAAACGCGUCAGUUUUGCAUAAACUUCUAGCAACACUUGUUUCCUCGUUACGUUUAGGUUAUUUUCAUCAAGAGAAAGCAUAAUUAUUUAUAAAGUUACAACUAAGAACCUUCAGAAGGUAGUAAAAAAUAGAUUUGAAAAUUAACUAAAUACGGGACAUUUGAGGUGUCCUUGAAAGGUCAGCGCGGGACAUGGAACAAAAUUAUCAAAUAUGGGACAUGCCCUGUAUAUAAGGGAUGUCUGGCAACCAUAAACAGGAACCGUGUUUCAUUUUUUCCACUGUAUUUUAUGUACACAGUUCGAAGGAUCUCGCACAAAAAACUUGUUUUAAAAUCUUAUUUUCUAAAAUAUCGUGUUAUUUAUUAUUGUUGUUGUUGUGUUUAUGUAUCAAAAGAAAAUUUUUAUACAAAGAAGAUAAAUUCCAAAAAUAUUAGUCUAAUUACUUAAAUAGUAUAUUAUGUAUGCUGAAGUAUUCAAGCUGAUAUCUUAAGUAUACAAAUUCAAAUCACAAUGGGUUUCCAUCAUCAUUCACAGGUGCGCAUGAUAUUGGCUGCUUGGGAUUCGUUUCAAAUAUGCCACUUGACUUUUUAAACAGGUAUUUACAUUUUCAAAACAGGAAAUCUAUAUAGUUUGUCCUCCUUUAAGCAGUAUGUAUUAUAUAUACACUUAGUGACUUAUUUGAGAACACCUGACCUAGAACUACGUUAAAUAUUCUGAUUGUCCCUGCAUGCUUCGUCGUUGUGAUUUCAUUUCUCUUCGCUGUAACUUGUUCAGGACAUUGGACUAUGGUCAUGCUGGGGCAUCACGUUCAAAAGUUGUAGCCAAUCAAAUCAACUCCAGUAUUUAUUUCAGUCAGGUGAAAUGGAAGAAGAUGAUGAAGGUAUUGCUGUGGAUUCCUGACACAGUGAUCAUUGUUCUACUGUUUAUUUUGUUUCCGUGUAACAACCACACACAGGCAACUACUUGUCCAUUGUUGUGUGAGUGCUUGCAGGAUUACUAUGUCUAUUGUGACGACCAAGGUAUUACACCUGAUAUGUUAAAGAGAAUGGCAGAAAAAAUUCCCAGACAAGUCCGAUAUAUUGAUCUUAGCCAAAAUAAACUCGACACUGUACCAACUGAGAUUUUUGAACACUUUUCUAAGGUUCAUCACCUGAACUUGGCUGUUAACCAAAUUAAGGAAUUAACUCCUGGCUUAUUCAGUAAUCUGACCAGUUUGAUCAAAUUAAACUUACAAGCAAACCUGUUGUCACAAUUGAAAUCUAAUUUACUAAGAGGGCUUUCUGAACUUGAAGAACUGCAUUUGGAAUGUAACUAUAUUGAAACAAUCAGUAAUGAUUCCUUUUCUGGUCUUCUUAAUCUGAAAAGAAUAUACCUUUUCAAAAACAAUGUUGGAAAAAUUUACCAAAACAGCUUUCGAGGUUUGCAGUCUCUCCAUAUACUAGAUGCUUCUAACAAUGCAAUAUUUCAGAUUUCUGAUUAUAGCUUUCUUGAUUUGAGGCAUCUUACUACUUUACAACUUAACAGUAAUCAAAUUGAUUCAAUUGCCAUGUUCACAUUUGCUGGCCUUGAUAAGCUUGAAGAGUUGUUCUUGGAUGGAAACCGAAUUUCAGAAUUAAAACCAGAGUCUUUAUCAACAUUUGGAAAAAGCUUGAGAAUUCUUUCUUUAAAUGACAAUGAAAUAUCUUCAAUUGAACCCAAUACAUUUACCAAAUUGCCCAAAUUACGGAAACUAUUUUUGAAUGCUAAUUUAUUAUCAGAAUUUCAACUUGAAACAUUUAAAGGAGUUGACAAUUUGAGAGAAAUUCAUGUAUGCAAGAAUAAAUUUGAAUAUCUUCCUAAAAAUAUAUUAAUGGGUGCCAACCAUAUAUAUUAUGCAGAUUUUAGUGACAAUCUUAUUUCAUCCAUAAACACUGAUGCAUUUGCCAAUUUCCGUGAAAGUGUUCGUUAUUUGUUUUUGCAAAAUAAUCGUUUAAAAGAGCUGCAUGCUGGCAUGUUUCGUCGUAUGGUUUAUCUUCGAGAACUUAAUGUCUCGGAGAAUAGAGUAUCUGUGAUUAAAGAGAAUGUGUUUCAGACAUUACGCAAUCUGCGAAUUUUGAAUUUGUCAGGAAAUAAACUGACACACAUCACACCAAGUGAUUUGAUAGGUGCAAAAUCUCUGGAGAAACUAUAUCUCCAUUCUAAUCCUGUAGAGAGUUUUCAUGGAUUUAGAUUUAGUAAACAGGAAAGUCUUAGAUUUGUCACAAUGAAUUUAACUCUUUCAGACAUUUCACCUUUUUCUAUGACAAUCAGCUGGCCCUACAAAGGUGGGACACAGAUUUAUUGGACAAUGACAGGGAUUUGUUUAAACAGAUCUUCAUCCUGUGCAUUUCGAGAACAAUCCACCUAUUUUCCUGCAUUUAAAACUUCAAUAUACAUUGACAAACUUCAGCCAUCAUCUCUGUAUUAUGUUUGUGUUAACCCUGUUUUCUUGUCAUCUCAUGCACAAGUCAUACAAUGCCUUCAUGUACGGACUCCCAUCAAUUCAUAUAAGCCCUUUGUCCAAACAACAGCAGCACAAGUUGUCAAUUUUAGUCCUACUCGCAUUACACUCAGUUUUGUGACUUAUUUACUCAUCAUUUUUAUUAUUUAUUCUUCAUAAACAUUUCCUUACAGAAACCUGAAAAAUAAAAAUUGAAGCUGA